CGCUGCAAGGACCGCCUGAACUCUCUGGCCAUCUCCGUCAUGAAUCAGUGGCCUGGGGUGAAGCUGCGGGUGACAGAGGGCUGGGACGAGGACGGGCACCACUCGGAGGAGUCGCUGCAUUAUGAGGGCCGAGCUGUGGACAUCACCACCUCAGACCGGGACCGCAACAAGUAUGGCAUGCUGGCUCGCCUGGCCGUGGAGGCUGGCUUCGACUGGGUCUACUACGAGUCCAAGGCACACAUCCACUGCUCCGUCAAGUCAG